AUGGAUGAUCGCAGCGACUCACGAAAGAGAGUGGCCAUCAUUGGCGCCGGUGCGGCGGGCAUGUCGUGCGCUUCUACACUAGCAAAACAUCCGCAAAAUUAUGAAGUGACACUGUUUGAUACCGCACCACAUACCGGUGGUCAGGCUAUCUCAAUCCCUCUCGAUGAUUCCCGCCAUGGCGCCAGCUGGUUGAAUGAGGGCGUGCAGGGUGGUUCGCCCAUUUUUCGACAUACUUUCAAUUUCUUCCGAAGAUACGGCUAUGAACCGGUGGCCGUCAAAUUACAAGUGUCCUUUGGGAAGGGACCAGACAGCUUCUGGACGAACUUGUUCCCCAGUCCGCUGGUGGAUCAAUUUUCAGACGAGAUACAAAAGUUCGGUCGCGUAUUGAAAUGGAUCAAGCGACUCAUGCCAUUCCUAGGUAUUCUGCCAGUGAAGACCAUGUUAAGGCUAUUCCGGUUCAGCACUGCGUUUGGAAACAAAAUGGUGUUGCCAUUGCUGGCUCUCUUCCUGGGUACCGGCAACCAAACACCCAAUGUGCCGAGCGUGCUCCUGGAGCGACUCUUCAAUGACAAGAAUAUGAGAUUGUGGGACUAUGAUCCUGAUACACUUCUACCCAAUCAAUCCACCAUGUAUACCUUUCCAAAUUUGAGUGACUUCUACCGUGACUGGUCUCGCGACCUGAGUUCAAGAGGCGUCCAUCUCCGGCUCAAGACUCGCCCCGAGCUUUUAAAGCGAGAUAAGCAAGGCAUAACCUUACGCCCACAUCCUGCGACCAACGAUGCGAAUGAUAAUCCGGGUGGCACCGAUCUACUAUGUGAGGAAUUCGAUGAAAUGGUUAUUUGCUGCCCAGCCGACGAGGCCAAGAGAUUACUUGGAAAACAUGCGACAUGGCGCGAGAAGUACGUCCUGGGUGGUGUUAGAUUCUUCAACGAUAUCACCAUCACGCAUUCCGAUUCCGAAUAUUUUGAUAGUAUCUUCGAGACCCGAUACAAGAGCCAUCUUUGUGCGAAGGGCAAUAGCCAGUCGCGCGAAGACCAGAUUUCAUUUUCCCAAAAGACUCCGAGAACACGGAAGGAUGGGUGGGAGGGCUUUGCUCCAAUGUACUAUAUUCAUUCGUACGAGUCUGAUCCGGACAAGAUUGAGAUGGGCUUUGACUGUACAAACUACCAGCAUCAGUUCCGUGAGGCCCUUGGUGAGAAUGCCAUUUCCCCGGAGUCUGACCGGCACGUUUAUCAGACAAUAUUCCUGAACGACGAGCAGAAACACCUCUGGACGUGGAAAGGCAUCGACGACAGUAAGAUAAUCGACAAAAGGUGGUGGCACCAAUUUGGGCAUCGUUGGCAACAUUAUCUACGCGUGGUACCAGGAAUGAUGUUUAUCAAUGGUAAAAAUAGGACGCUGUACGCUGGCGCUUGGACGAUGGUGAACAUGCACGAAAUCGCCUGCAUAUCUGGAAUUGCAGCGGCCUACCGACUCGGUGCUGAGUAUGAGGCUUUCGACGAUUUUGCCGAGGACUUCUUCGCCAAGUAUCUCCUUGUCUCGCAUGGCGUGCGCUACAAACGAAGCGCAAAUGCGAUGUGA